AUGACCCCUUGGCUCUUCUCUACAUGUUACUUCAAGAAGGACUAUUUCCAGACGUCGGAAGAUUUGCCAAUUCAGUGGCAGAUGGUUGACCUUCUAGAAAACAAUAACGAAAGCUCCCCUCUGCCACAUGCUAUUAUGGAGACCAUUGCACAUACAUGGAUGGAUGCGGAUGCAGAGGAUCAGAACCCCACUAUCAUGAGUCAAGGGCUAUUGUGA